UUUUGGGCGCCUCCCGCUGCCUUCGGGAGCGUGGGAACCUAGCAAGUGGGUGCUUUCCUGUGGGGGCAGCGCGGGGUGCGUAGUCGGGGGGCGUUUCCGGGAAGUUAGAGACCAGAUAAAUUUAGAGGGGAAAGUGACAUAAACUCCAACGCAGCUGGGGGUUUAAUUCUGCCAGAUCUUUCACUUGCUGCGCCUGUGCAGCGAGCGAUCAAAUUCGUGAGAAGAGGUGGGUGUUAGCGGUGUGUAGAAAGAUGGAAGGCUAUGGAUUGAUGUGUGAGCCUCCAUCUAUUUCCAGAAUAAAUUUGGACUCUUCUCUGAGCCUGUUUGCGAAAUGAGAUACCUGCUCCAGUAGUAAGCCCUGUUCAUGCGUUUUUGCCAACUAAAGGAGUCCCAUCUUAAAAACUUCCUCUUGGAACCCGAAAAAUUGAAGUUGAUCCUAAGAUACAAGUUUUUGAUGCUCGUUCCUAUUUUCUGAUUCCUUUGAGAUACAGGUCUGUGGUAUUUGACCAGCCAAUUAUCCUUGGAGUUACGCUGGGUUCUUUCCAACUUAAAGUGAAUCCAGAAAGAGAGAGCACAUGAGAAAGAAUGAGAAAAUGAGAAAGCACCUCAAGCAUCCAGAAAUCAGGGCCACCUUCCUAGAGGCAGGCUGAAUCAUCCUUCAAGCCCAGAGAAGGGGAAGCCAACUCAAGGAGAACCAGUUCAGACCUGAAAAGAUAAAUAUGAAUUUAGAUUCCAUCCAUCAGUUAAUUGAGGAAACACAAAUCUUCCAGAUGCCGCAGUCAUCAAUAAAACCACCUUGUGACAUGGUAGCACCUGCUUCCCCCCCCAGGGACACUUGUCAUUCCUGUUUGCCACUUCAGGGGUGGCAAUUACAUGCCACUCACAACGUCUGUGUGCACUCAUGCAACACCAAUGAGUGGAAUAUUUGUGAAGAGCUUCGCCUGCGGGAACUUGAGGAAGUCAAGGCCAGAGCUGCCCAGAUGGAGAAGACCAUGCGGUGGUGGUCAGACUGCACUGCCAAUUGGAGAGAAAAGUGGAGCAAAGUUCGGGCCGAAAGGAACAGCGCCAGGGAGGAGGGAAGACAGCUCAGAAUAAAAUUAGAGAUGACAAUGAAAGAAUUGAGUGCAUUGAAAAAGAAACAAAGUUUGCCACAUCAAAAGGUGUUAGAAACCACCCAGGACCUGAAGCAUCCUAGUUUCAUAGAAGUGCCCUCUGCACCAGGAGACCAGUUUCAAAUUGGUUCACAAACAUGUAAGUCUAUCAGAGAAUGUCUGGUGAGAAGAGAAUUUUCUACAAAGGACAACACAGAUAGUAAGGAAGAAGUUUUGAUUAUUGACCAGUUAAGAUUAAAUGAGGAGAUGAAACUCAAUCUUAACUCUCCUGAUUCAUUCAAGAAUAGUGGUUCUGACAGCUGUACACUGAAAUCUGCAUUAAGACUGCAGGCAAUGACCCUGCCUUUGGAGAGUGAAGUGCCUGAAAUUACAGCUUUGCAGGUUCAUCUGGAUGAGUUCCAAAAAAUUUUAUGGAAAGAAAGAGAAAUGCGCUCAUCUUUGGAAAAAGAAAUAGAACGACUGGAGUCAGCUUUGUCUGUAUGGAAAUGGAAGUAUGAAGAACUGAAAGAAUCAAAGCCAAAAAGUCUGAAAGAGUUUAACAUUAUUCCUGGUCAGCAUGAAAAUGAAAUGGAAGAACUAUCAGGAGAUAUAAAGGAAGAAUCAAAAUCUCAAAACAGCAAGGAUAGACUGAUCUACCAGUUAAGAGCUGAGCUAGAGAGAUUGCAGGCUGAAAAUAUCUCAGAGUGGGACAAGAGGGAAAUACUUGAAACACAGAAACAAGGACUGGAAAAAGAAAAUAGAAGGCUAAAGGCUCAGGUGAAAGAAAUGGAAGAGCUCCUGGAUGGGAAAAACAGAUUCAGUGCAAACUCUCAAAGUCCUGAUUUCAAGACAUCACAAAUUGAACGGCAGGAAGAAAAAAAGGUAUGGGUGCUCCUUGGAAGGGAUGUUCUCACUCACUAUACAUGCCCCCCUGAUGCUUGGUCGAUGCUGCCUUCCCUUUUAUCCACCUCCAAAUCUGAGCAUUUUCUUUUGUGCUAUUUAACCUCUGAUCGCUUGCUCUCUUUCUCAUCAUAAGGUAGAAUAACAUUGUUCAUGACUAUGAACACAAGAGUUUAACAAAUUUUGUAUGAAAAUGUUAGAGUAGGACAAAUCUGACAGUUUGAAGCUUUUCCAGAAGGAAGAAAAAAGUGAAGGGAUGGACCUUUGUGUUUUUUGUUUCCUUUUAUACUUUUGUCUCAGUAUUUUUCAAGCAAUUGAUCUUAUUUCUCAAUAAGUAAAUUUCUCCAUUAGUUUGAACAGCUGUGGAAUAAGCAUUUGUCAGUAGUCUUAGUAUCUGCAUAAACAUUUCAAUUUAGCUGAAGUUUACUCUCCUCUGGUUCUUUUUUAGUUUCAGAAAAAUUAUUUUUGAGUCAAAUCAUUGCAUCAUGUUGCAAAUAGCUUUUAUAGGCUAUAACAUAAAUAUUAAAGCUAGAAUUAAAUUCAACGUCUGACUUUGAGAACUUCAGGUUUUUGGAAUUGUUUUAUCCUAAGGCCAAUAGACAUUAUUCCUGCUAUAGAUGGAAUUUUUAAAAAUAAAUAGCUUUUAGAUUUAAAAAAUAAUCUCUUAAUGGCAGUUGCAAUUUGUUUGUUUUGGUGUCAACAUGCUGCAAAACAUUUACAUCUUGUUUCUAUUUCUUCCAUUAAAAUACCUACAGUAUCUUAAUGCACAAUUCUGUUAUUUCACUCAAUCUCUUUAAUAGUGAAUUAAAAGUGAGUUUGGUAAGUUCAUAUUUUUAUUUUAUUUUUUAAACUUUUAGCUAAAAUGUUUUAUUUUUUUAUUUUUUUAUUAUUAUGUUAUGUUAAUCACCAUACAUUACAUCAUUAGUUUUUGAUGUAGUGUUCCAUGAUUCAUUGUUUGCGUAUAACACCCAGUGCUGCAUGCAGAACCUGCCCUCUUUAAUAGCCAUCACCAGGCUAACCCAUCUCCCCACACCCCUCCCCUCUAGAACCCUCAGUUUGUUUUUCAGAGUCCAUCGUCUCUCAUGGUUCAUCUCCCCCUCUGACUUCCCCCCCUUCAUUCUUCCCUUCCCGCCAUCCUCUUUUUUUUUUUAAACAUAUAAUAUAUUAUUUGUUUCAGAGGUACAGAUCUGUGAUUCAACAGUCUUACACAAUUUUUAGUUAUAUAAGUAGUUCAUACUCAUAUGAGCUCUAAAACCUAAAUGUCCAGAAGAAUUGAAUUCCAUAUCACUUUUCCUUAUUCUUUGGGAUUCUAGGGAUUAAUUGCAAUUGCAAGAUUAAAUUGCAUUAGAAUUCCGUGACUUGGCAUGCCAGUUAGAUAUCUAAAGUGAAAUAUUAUAGUCAGUAAUCAUAAUUUUUAUUAUAUGUAUUCAGAAACCAACCAUAAUAGGGUAUUUGGUUCUGAUCUAUACAACUGACAAAUCCGGUUUUGUACAGACUUCUACUUGUGAAAGUACAGAAUUAUUUCAAUUAGGAAACAAGUUUUGAUCAUCAAAAUACCUGCUUGCAUUUGACUCACUUGAACAGAACAAGCCUUUAUAUAACACUCUGAGUCCAUCACUGUUGUAGAAGCUGAGUGAUGUGAAGAUUAAUGAAUCCUAUCCCUGCCCAGCCUGGGCUUAAAGUCUGUGUAGGGGGAUAAACACAUAAAUUAUUAUCAGUAGUUUAUCAUAAUGAUUGCUAAUAAAAUAGAAUGGGAAUACAGAGGAAGCAGUUCAUUCUGUUUCAUCUUGAUUCCUAUCUAGUUACAUCAAAAUGUUACAAUACAAAGUGUGUCAGUUAGGAAAUAUAAGGGUCGAUUGGGAACUGUUUGGAACUGGCAUAUAUGUCCAUUGGCAUGUCCUGUCAAUGGGGCACAGGGUCCAGACCUGGGCUCUUUGGGACAAGUGCAGUUCUUCAGCUAAGAAAUAAACAGAACUUGGAAACUGAAGAUUCUGGAAGGUCUGACCAAAAAAGUGGGUGUGUUCAUCAGUCAGAAAACUAUGCCUUAAGUAUAUAUUUUCUUGAUGACCAGGAAGAGGUGUUGAUGAUUCUUAUGCUCUUCAUUAAGAAUUCAGACUCACUACCUGAACCAAAAUAAUUACUUAUCAUAGAGCAGCUGCAGGUCAGAAUCCCUGGUGCCACAGAGAUCCCCACUGGGAUCAAGAUUCAAAUGUCCCCAAAUGCCAAAUGAACCAAGCUGCAUAUAAAACAUGCCUAAGUCCAGAGAAUACUGUGGAUUUUAUUAUAACAUGAAGUCAAAUUGUAAUUUUAACGUUAUUUUAAUAAAAACUAAUUUAUAUGUAUAUAAAUUAUGCAUGUAAGUAUCCUAUCAGAGUAUCAUGUGUACAUAGGUAUGUAAUGACCAUAUAGAAGCAGCAUAUAUCUAUGUGAAUAUAAUUUCUAUAUAUGAGUGACACUGGAAAUAGGUGCUGACAUGUGACAAAACAAUAACCACUUAAUUAUCACUCUCUUAAAGAGGUGUAAAGUCUCUUAUGUUAUCUUUAUAUCUAAUCACAUUUAAUAAGUGUCUGUGACAGACACAAAAUUGCCUGCUGUUCACAAAACUACAAAUCAAUAAAUUGUGUUAAUUUGUUGAAUUUUAACAUUCUCUGUUCAAUGAAUUUUUUAAUAAAUUCUUGCUUAUACAAAAGGGGAGAAUUUUCACCUAUAUAUUUGAAAUAUACAGUGCUAUAUCUUGCAUAUAUUUUUGCAUUUUUUUGGCUUUAGUAUUAUUGGGGAUAAAUUUUUAAAGAAAUUAUCUUUUCAUUUUAAAUGGCACUAU